GCCUUACCAAUUGUCACUUCUUCGAGGUCACUCUACUUCCGACAAGUUUCGUUCGACGAGUCGUAAUGCCUCCUACUCGAAAGCGUCGCGCUCCAGCCAACGAGGAUCCAGAGGACUCCGAUGCAGAAGUCAGACAACCACAACGACGUAGAGUUUCGGAUCUCGAAGAGGAUGACUUUGCUGGUGGAGACGCCAGCAUCAUCCAAGGCGAUGGCAACUUUGAUGCCAUGGUCAAGAACAUGGUCCGCCUAGCUCUCGCAUGCGAAUACUCCAGGACACCGAUAAGACGUGCCGAUAUCACUGCCAAAAUUCUGGGAACAAAUGCUCGGCAAUUCAAAGCAGUCUUUACCGAAGCUCAAACCCAACUUCGCGGAACUUUUGGCAUGGAAAUGACCGAGCUACCGCUCCGAGAAAAGGUCACCCUUGCACAACGCAGAGCGGCGCAGAAAUCACAGACUACACAAAAGAGCAGCGGAUCCUGGGUCCUGACUUCCGUGCUACCUCAACGAUUUCGCCAGCCUGAGAUCCUGCCUCCACCACAAGCACCUACACAUGAUUUGGAGUCACAAUACACUGGAUUAUACACAUUCGUGGUAUCCCUCAUUUUCCUGAACGGAGGCAUGCUGCCAGACGCCAAGCUAGAGCGAUACCUCAAGAGAGCAAAUGUGGAAGACACAGCGGCUCAGAACAGUGUCAACAUCAUGGUUAGCGGACAAGACAAGACGGAAAAACUGCUCAGGCGUAUGGAGAAGGAUGCAUACAUUAUCAAAAUCAAGGACAACUCGAGUGGAGAAGAGGCGGUCGAAUGGAUAGUCGGACCUCGUGGCAAGACGGAGAUUGGUGAUACUGGAGUCAGAGGAAUGGUCAGACAAGUCUACGGAGAGGUGGAUGAUCCAGUCGAACUGGAAAGAAUGCUGGAACGCAGUCUGGGUGCUAACGAAGCGCCAAAGAGACGAGAGGAAGCAGCACAAUCGCAAAAGAAGGGUAGACGUCGCAGGACAGCGGCUCGAGAUGGAGGAGAUAGUAGCGAUGAAAGCAGCGGCUCGAACUGAGGAACAAGCUGAUGUUCUCGCUUGACAGUGGAUGGAAGCAGCAGUAAACAAAUCGCUUCUUGAAGAUAUCAUGAGUUAUGACAGAAUAUGCAUCUCAAAUGCAAUUAUGCAACCCCAC